AUGAAGACUCUCAUGGCGACUGUCACGGAAUGUCUCUGCGGCGCAUCUGCGAAUCCGAACCUCCCACACUCCCAAAACCGUCUCGAACUGAUUUCCGAAAAGCCCGUCUUCUCGCCCUAUACUGACGACGAGCGUGUUGACCAGUUCGUUGAGAUCAUCCGCAUGGCCGAACUGGACGACCCUCAUCUUCUCGAGAAACUCAACAACACCAUCUCUGCCUCUGGAUGGAAAGAUUCUCUGUCCGAGUCUAUUCUCCACGGCAUAGAGGUAAUUCUGAAAAAUGGGACGGCAAUGGGGGAGGUAAUGACUGAAGCUGUCAAACGCGCAACGAAUCUAGCUCGAGAAUUCGCCGAGCAGCACCCCAUUUAUGCCGCACUCAUUGCCGCCGGCACCAUCAUUGCCAUCGGUGUUCUGGUCAUCAUGGGUCCCGCAUGGGUUCUAGAGGCUUUGGGAUUCGCAUCCCGAGGACCGCGACUCGGCAGCUUCGCCGCACGUUGGAUGAGUCGCAUUGCAAAAGGGGAGCAGGGCCAGGUGGUUCGAGGUUCUUUGUAUGCUUAUCUCCAGAGACUUGGCAUGAUACUUAAAUAG